AUGGCGCACCCUGGGCAACGGACUGCGAUAGCAGCACGGCAGAAAGUCUACACAAAUGGCGGGCGAACUAGAUCAUUGAUCUCUCACGGCCGCACACAGCGACAAAACAAGAAAAAGAAGAAUGCUACCAUCGAGAAAGGCUCUUCUAAGAGCCAACAGACUAAAGAUAUUGGACCCAUCGUCCAUGUUCUGCAAAUUAAUGUAGAAAGCCUGACAAGGGAUAAAUGUGACUACAUAAGCAAGCUGGCUAACGAUCAUAAAAUCGAGAUCAUAGCACUCCAAGAAACUCAUCAAGUGCAGGAGCGCAUAACAGCAUGCACCAUUCCAGGCUACAGGAUGGUCGCAGCACUGCCAUCGAACAUUCAUGGAUCCGCUCUGUAUCUUGGUAACAACAUUUCUGGGUACAAAGAGGUGAUAUGCCAAGAAAUUAAUGACAUAGAAAUAAUUCCUAUUGAACUUAAUGGAAUGACCAUAGCAGCCGUUUAUAAGCACCCACAAAGACUCUGGGGAGCCGCGGUCGGCCACACAGGGGACUGCCCCCAGGACUCUGGAGGGCCGCGGUCGGCCACACAGGGGACUGCCCCCAGGACUCUGGGGAGCCGCGGUCGGCCACACAGGGGACUGCCCCCAGGACUCUGGGGAGCCGCGGACGGCCACACAGGGGACUGCCCCCAGGACUCUGGAGGGCCGCGGACGGCCACACAGGGGACUUCCCCUAGGACUCUGGGGAGCCGCGGUUGGCCACACAGGGGACUGCCCCCAGGACUCUGGGGAGCCGCGGUUGGCGACACAGGGGACUGCCCCCAGGACUCUGGGGAGCCACAGUCGGCCACACAGGGGACUGCCCCCAGGACUCUGGAGAGCCGCGGUCGGCCACACAGGGGACUGCCCCCAGGACUCUGGGGAGCCGCGGUCGGCCACACAGGGGACUGCCCCCACGACUCUGGGGAGCCGCGGACGGCCACACAGGGGACUGCCCCCAGGACUCUGGGGAGCCGCGGUUGGCCACACAGGGGACUUCCCCCAGGACUCUGGGGAGCCGCGGUCGGCCACACAGGGGACUGCCCCCAGGACUCUGGGGAGCCGCAGUCGGCCACACAGGUGACUGCCCCCAGGACUCUGGAGGGCCGCGGACGGCCACACAGGGGACUGCCCCCAGGACUCUGGGGAGCCGCGGUCGGCCACACAGGGGACUGCCCCCAGGACUCUGGGGAGCCGCGGUCGGCCACACAGGGGACUGCCCCCAGGACUCUGGAGGGCCGCGGUCGGCCACACAGGGGACUGCCCCCAGGACUCUGGGGAGCCGCGGUCGGCCACACAGGGGACUGCCCCCAGGACUCUGGGGAGCCGCAGUCGGCCACACAGGGGACUGCCCCCAGGACUCUGGAGGGCCGCGGACGGCCACACAGGGGACUUCCCCUAGGACUCUGGGGAGCCGCGGUUGGCCACACAGGGGACUGCCCCCAGGACUCUGGGGAGCCGCGGUUGGCGACACAGGGGACUGCCCCCAGGACUCUGGGGAGCCGCGGUCGGCCACACAGGGGACUGCCCCCAGGACUCUGGAGGGCCGCGGUCGGCCACACAGGGGACUGCCCCCAGGACUCUGGGGAGCCGCGGUCGGCCACACAGGGGACUGCCCCCAGGACUCUGGGGAGCCGCAGGGACUGCCCCCAGGACUCUGGGGAGCCGCGGUCGGCCACACAGGGGACUGCCCCCAGGACUCUGGGGAGCCGCGGUCGGCCACACAGGGGACUGCCCCCAGGACUCUGGGGAGCCACAGUCGGCCACACAGGGGACUGCCCCCAGGACUCUGGAGAGCCGCGGUCGGCCACACAGGGGACUGCCCCCAGGACUCUGGGGAGCCGCGGACGGCCACACAGGGGACUGCCCCCAGGACUGGGGAGCCGCGGUCGGCCACACAGGGGACUGCCCACAGGACUCUGGGGAGCCGCGGUCGGCCACACAGGGGACUGCCCCCAGGACUCUGGGGAGCCGCGGUCGGCCACACAGGGGACUGCCCCCACGACUCUGGGGAGCCGCGGUUGGCCACACAGGGGACUGCCCCCAGGACUCUGGGGAGCCGCAGUCGGCCACACAGGGGACUGCCCCCAGGACUCUGGGGAGCCGCGGUCGGCCACACAGGGGACUGCCCCCAGGACUCUGGGGAGCCGCGGUCGGCCACACAGGGGACUGCCCCCAGGACUCUGGGGAGCCGCGGUCGGCCACACAGGGGACUGCCCCCAGGACUCUGGGGAGCCGCGGACGGCCACACAGGGGACUGCCCCCAGGACUCUGGAGGGCCGCGGUCGGCCACACAGGGGACUGCUCCCAGGACUCUGGGGAGCCGCGGUCGGCCACACAGGGGACUGCCCCCAGGACUCUGGGGAGCCGCGGUCGGCCACACAGGGGACUGCCCCCAGGACUCUGGAGGGCCGCGGUCGGCCACACAGGGGACUGCCCCAGGACUCUGGGGAGCCGCGGUCGGCCACACUGGGGACUGCCCCCAGGACUCUGGGGAGCCGCGGUCGGCCACACAGGGGACUGCCCCCAGGACUCUGGGGAGCCGCGGUUGGCCACACAGGGUACUGCCCCCAGGACUCUGGGGAGCCGCGGUCGGCCACACAGGGGACUGCCCCCAGGACUCUGGGGAGCCGCGGUCGGCCACACAGGGGACUGCCCCCAGGACUCUGGGGAGCCGCGGUCGGCCACACAGGGGACUGCCCCCAGGACUCUGGAGGGCCGCGGACGGCCACACAGGGGACUGCCCCCAGGACUCUGGGGAGCCGCGGUUGGCCACACAGGGGACUGCCCCCAGGACUCUGGGGAGCCGCGGUUGGUCACACAGGGGACUGCCCCCAGGAUUCUGGGGAGCCGCGGUCGGCCACACAGGGGACUGCCCCCAGGACUCUGGGGAGCCGCGGACGGCUACACAGGGUACUGCCCCCAGGACUCUGGGGAGCCGCGGUCGGCCACACAGGGGACUGCCCCCAGGACUCUGGAGUGCCGCGGACGGCCACACAGUGGACUUCCCCUAGGACUCUGGGGAGCCGCGGUUGGCCACACAGGGGACUGCCCCCAGGACUCUGGGGAGCCGCGGUCGGCCACACAGGGGACUGCCCCCAGGACUCUGGGGAGCCGCGGUCGGCCACACAGGGGACUGCCCCUAGGACUCUGGAGGGCCGCGGUCGGCCACACAGGGGACUGCCCCCAGGACUCUGGGGAGCCGCAGUCGGCCACACAGGGGACUGCCCCCAGGACUCUGGGGAGCCGCGGUCGGCCACACAGGGGACUGCCCCCAGGACUCUGGAGGGCCACGGACGGCCACACAGGGGACUGCCCCCAGGACUCUGGGGAGCCGCGGUUGGCCACACAGGGGACUGCCCCCAGGACUCUGGGGAGCCGCUGUCGGCCACACAGGGGACUGCCCCCAGGACGCUGGGGAGCCGCGGUCGGCCACACAGGGGACUGCCCCCAGGACUCUGGAGGGCCGCGGUCGGCCACACAGGGGACUGCCCCCAGGACUCUGGGGAGCCGCGGACGGCCACACAGGGGACUGCCCCCAGGACUGGGGAGCCGCGGUCGGCCACACAGGGGACUGCCCACAGGACUCUGGGGAGCCGCGGUCGGCCACACAGGGGACUGCCCCCAGGACUCUGGGGAGCCGCGGUCGGCCACACAGGGGACUGCCCCCACGACUCUGGGGAGCCGCGGUUGGCCACACAGGGGACUGCCCCCAGGACUGGGGAGCUGCGGUCGGCCACACAGGGGCUGCCCCCAGGACUCUGGGGAGCCGCAGUCGGCCACACAGGGGACUGCCCCCAGGACUCUGGGGAGCCGCGGUCGGCCACACAGGGGACUGCCCCCAGGACUCUGGGGAGCCGCGGUCGGCCACACAGGGGACUGCCCCCAGGACUCUGGGGAGCCGCAGACGGCCACACAGGGGACUGCCCUCAGGACUGGGGAGCCGCGGUCGGCCACACAGGGGACUGCCCCCAGGACUCUGGGGAGCCGCGGUCGGCCACACAGGGACUGCCCCCAGGACUCUGGGGAGCCGCGGUUGGCCACACAGGGGACUGCCCCCAGGACUCUGGGGAGCCGCGGUCGGUCACACAGAGGACUGCCCCCAGGACUCUGGGGAGCCGCGGUCGGCCACACAGGGGACGUAACUAA